AGAAAUUUUAGUUCAAGCUUGCCUUGAGCUUGACAUCUCACUGGUGUUGAUGCAUCCUGAUGCUUUACCUGAUCCACAUGUGGAUAGUGGAGAACUUGAUACAAUGAUUAGCUGCUCUUCUGACAGUGAUGGAAGCAGUGAUGCAAAACCUUGUGGACAAAGUAAGAUGGCCUUGAUCCAUGGUGUCGGUUUUCCUGAUAAAGUAAGAUUUCAAUGGCCAGGUGAGGAAGUAGUUGUCAAAGAAGAUUGUUUGUUAAAUGGCCUUUAUCCAUGGUAUUAUGGCAGGCUGGGGUAUGACCCUGAACCUGUUGAUGCUGAUCUUCUUCUACCUGCCAUAAUAACUGGUUACGGGAGACCCUGCCACCUGCUUCCUAAUGGUGUGCAGCCAAUACUCAGAAAUGAUGAAAUGACCACAUUAAGAAGACUUGGCAAGUCCCCCCUUGCCUGCCAUUUUACAUUGGGUAAAAAUAGGAUACUUCAGGGAUUGGCUGCUGCUACAAUAAAGCUCUGGGGAAAAUGUGAGAUUGCCAAGAUUGCAAUCAAGAGAAGAGUACAGAACACGAACAGUGAGUUGAUGGCUGAAGAGUUAAAGUGGCUGACUGGAGGAAGUCUGCUUUCCCGGGAUAAAGACUUUAUUAUCCUCUAUAGAGGAAAGGAUUUCUUGCCGGUUGCUGUUUCCUCUGCAAUUGAAGAACGAAGAAAACAUUGUGUUCUGUGUGAGAAACAGAAAGCUGCACAAGAGCUUAAACUUGGGAGUGUACAGGUUGACUCUGGAGAUAAUAUAGAGUCCGAUUCUGAUAUUCAAUAUAAUGAUAUAGAUGAACGAAAAAUUGCAGUGUCAGAACAAAAGAAGCAAAGGUCUGCUGGGGAAGCUUUUAAGAGCAAUAGCAUAAAGUUGUCAAUGGCAUUUGAAAGGAAAGCAAAGGCAGAGAGGCUUUUAGCUGAGCUGGAGAAAAAGGAAAUCUCACAACCUGAAUUAGAUAAGGAGGGUACAACUGAAGAAGAAAGAAAUAUGCUAAGAAAGGUUGGCUUAAGAAUGCCAGCUUUCCUACUAAUGGGUGAACGAGGGGUUUUUGAUGGAACAGUUGAAAACAUGCAUCUCCACUGGAAAUUUAGGGAAGUUGUGAAGAUAAUAUUGAAGCAGCAAAGUAUUAAUGCUGUUCAUCAAGAAGCAAGAACCUUAGAAGCAGAAAGUAGUGGUUUUUUAGUGGCAGUUGAGAGAGCAAGGGUCAUUCUAUGUAUCAGGAAAAAAUUAUCAAGGCCUGCAUCUUUGGGGCCUAAGACGCUGCUGACUAAAAGACAAGCAUUGAGACGUUCUGUAGAAGCUCAGCGUCCUGAGUCUUUGAAGUUACAAGUUCAGGAACUAACCAGAAACGUAAACAAUUUGAGAAAUCAGUUGGUUAAAGACAAGGAAGCAAAUACCAUGCAACCAGUUGAUAAAUCAAGAUUACCGCUAUUUCAAGAUUGGAUGGAUAAUAUGCAGUCUGCUAAUGUAAGAUCAGAUUUUGAACUCAAAUUCAGUGAUAACUCCCAAUCUGUAAUUCCUAUUCCAUAUGAAGUGAAUGUAGAGGUAGGAUGCAUUUUGGUCUUGGAAAAGGGUCUUUCACCCGUCUCAUCUGGAUCUCAGCAAGAAGUAAAUAGUACUUCUGCUGUUUUCAAUGCGAAGUAUUGUUUAUCUACCUCGUCUGGAUCUCAGCAAGAAGGAAUUGGCAGUACGUUUGUUAAUGCUGAGAACUGUUCAUCAGUUACUGAGCCAAUAGAGUCAUCACUUAAAUCAGGCAUAAAUCGAUCAGAAUUAUCAGUUCUGGCUAUUUCUGAAAAUGGGUGGAAUGAGAUGCCUUCUAGAGUUGUAAACCUUUCCAAUAGCGAUAGGCUUCUGCUACGGAAGCAGGCUCUAAAAUUAAGAAAUGCCCAGCGCUUGCUGUUGGGGAAAAGCAACAUUGUCAUUGGUGUUGCAAAAGCCAUAAAAGAACACUGUUGAAAGCAUCCUCUUGCUAUAGUAAACGUCAAAGGCAGAGCCAAAGGGACUUCAGUCCAGGAAGUGGUAGCCAGGCUGCAGGAAGCAAGAGGUGCAGUUUUAGUUUCUCGGGAGCCUAGUAGAGUCGUAUUGUAUAGAGGCUGGGGUGCAGAAGGUAAACCUAGCCGCGGGAGUAAGAAGAAUGCUAGAGAUAAGAAAUCAAUUAGCAGAAAGGUUGACCUACCUGUUUUGUCUCCAGAGCUUCUUGCAGCUAUCAGACUUGAAUGUGGAUUGCAAGAUCAGCAAGAGCAUGAAGCUACUUCAGAGGCUGGACUAUAAACUUGC